CAAAUGUCACCACCGUCUAAUCUUCUUCCACCACACCUACUUGUGUACUCUGUCAUUUGCUUAGAAGGAAAUGCUCAGACACCAUGUCAGUCAUUAGCAGGAUUUAUUCUAACACUAUGAAAUUCGUUAAACUUUUCACUCUUCUCUUUCUCUUUAGGUUUCCAUUGGUUCAUGGAGUCAUCGCUAACACAAAAGUAUCGUGUAUAUGUGUGUGAUCGUGCCCUUUUGUGUGUGUGUAUUUGUGCAUAUGAUAAAAGAGAGAACAAGAGAACCGAGAGUCAUUAUUUCAUCACUUAUGUUGCGCGAGUUACUAUUAGUAUCCAAAUGGUUUUACAAAGUAGUUACAAGUAUAAAAGUAUACCCAAAACAGCAGUGAUCAGCUCAAAGCAAAGAAAAUAUCCAAUAACUACAUACAACACUAAUUUCUCCAAGUAUGUAUGUGUUUAUUAUCAAAUUAAGAGCAUAUAGAAUACACAUGUAAAACACUCUAUGUUUCAAGUUGUUUGAAUCAAUUUCAACCUUUGUGCAUCAAGAGAUAUUAUCAAACAUUACAUUGUCUACAUGGGGCAUCACUCACACCCCAAUUCAGAAUCGGUGAUCACAGCAAACCAUGAGGUGCUCGCUUCAAUUGUUGGAAGUAUUCAUGGAGCACAAGAAGUUGCAGUUCACCAUUACACAAAAAGUUUCAGGGGCUUCUCCGCUAUGCUUACAACAGAUCAAGCUCAACAACUAGCAGAAAGAAAUUCAGUUGUAUCUGUGUUUGAGAGCAGAAUGAAUAAGAUCCACACAACACAUUCAUGGCAAUUUUUGGGAAUAGACUAUAUUCAACAGUAUAAUCAACUGCCAAUGGAGGUGAAGUCCAAUGUUAUAGUUGGUGUCGUCGACACUGGAGUUUGGCCCGAGUCCCAUAGCUUCAGUGAUUCCGGAUUAGGGCCUGUGCCCAAAAAAUUCAAGGGAGAAUGUGUAACUGGGGAUGCUUUUACAUCAUCCAACUGCAACAGGAAAAUUGUAGGAGCUCGAUUCUACUCCAAAGGGUUUGAAGCAGAAUUUGGGCCUCUUGAAUCUAUUAAUCGUACCUUCUUUCGGUCACCUAGAGACAGUGAUGGACAUGGAACUCACACUGCCUCAACGGUGGCAGGAUCACUGGUCGCCAAUGCCAGCUUACUUGGGAUAGGAGGUGGUUCUGCUAGAGGUGGUACACCUGGUGCUAGACUUGCUAUCUAUAAGGCUUGCUGGUUUGGCGGGUGCAGUGGUGCUGACAUUCUCUCUGCCCUUGACGAUGCAAUUGAUGAUGGUGUUGACAUUCUUUCUCUUUCCAUUGGCCAACUGCAGUCCGAGCCUGGCUACUUCCAAGACCCAAUUUCAAUUGGGAGUUUCCAUGCAUUUCAAAAAGGAAUUCUUGUUUCUGCAGCUGCUGGGAAUUACUUUUUUCCACGUACUGCAACUAAUGUUGCUCCAUGGAUCCUCACCGUUGGUGCGAGCACUAUUGACCGGGAACUCCAGUCCAACAUAUACCUUGGAAAUUCAAAAAGCAUAAGGGGUUUUGGUUUAAACCCUCAGAAGAUGGAGAGCUAUUAUGGUUUAAUAGCUGGGAGUGCUGCAGCAGCCCCUGGAAUUCCCGCCAGAAAUGCAAGAGACAGUGAUGGACAUGGAACUCACACUGCCUCAACGGUGGCAGGAUCACUGGUCGCCAAUGCCAGCUUACUUGGGAUAGGAGGUGGUUCUGCUAGAGGUGGUACACCUGGUGCUAGACUUGCUAUCUAUAAGGCUUGCUGGUUUGGCGGGUGCAGUGGUGCUGACAUUCUCUCUGCCCUUGACGAUGCAAUUGAUGAUGGUGUUGACAUUCUUUCUCUUUCCAUUGGCCAACUGCAGUCCGAGCCUGGCUACUUCCAAGACCCAAUUUCAAUUGGGAGUUUCCAUGCAUUUCAAAAAGGAAUUCUUGUUUCUGCAGCUGCUGGGAAUUACUUUUUUCCACGUACUGCAACUAAUGUUGCUCCAUGGAUCCUCACCGUUGGUGCGAGCACUAUUGACCGGGAACUCCAGUCCAACAUAUACCUUGGAAAUUCAAAAAGCAUAAGGGGUUUUGGUUUAAACCCUCAGAAGAUGGAGAGCUAUUAUGGUUUAAUAGCUGGGAGUGCUGCAGCAGCCCCUGGAAUUCCCGCCAGAAAUGCAAGCUUCUGCAAGAACAAUACUCUAGAUCCUACCUUAAUUAAGGGGAAGGUCGUUGUGUGCACAGUUGAGAUCCUUGUUGAAGACCUCACAGAAAAGGCCAUUUUUGUGGAACAAGGUGGUGGUCUUGGGGUGAUACUUAUUGAUCCGGUGGGAAUAGACCUCAGCUAUCAGUUUGCAAUCCCGGCCACUCUUAUUUAUCAAGAUGCAGCAGAAGAGCUUCAGGCAUAUAUGGCUACAGAAAAGUAG